GCUGACGUCACGCGCGGAGCCCUCGCGCAGCGCCCUCACGAGUGUGUGCGCGUGUAGUAGAGAAGUUUGGCUUAUACUGUGUGUGUGAGUGUGACAUGCGACUGUUUGGACUAUUUCAAAAGCCAGCGUGAGAUCUUCGCAUGUAGCUUUUAGAACUCGACCUGUAGCUCGCCAGCUCCAAACUAAUAGUGGAGCAGAUGUUAGCGGACGGGCGCUGCGGGAGAGUGUUCCGGGUUUGCGAACCGGCACCGCGUAACCCAGAGUACACUUUAGAAAAGUUGGCAUCGGCCUGUUUUUAGCAAUACUGCAUUAUGCAGAUCUGAUCGAGUAGAUAAGAGCGCAUUUAAAAAAACCGAUUGUAAAGCGAACGCGAGCGCAGAUGCAAUGACUGCUGCAAAGUACGGAGUCGAGGAGCUCGAUUUCAGGCUGACUUUUGGGGAAGACAGUCAGCCGCCGGCCUCAGGCCACGCAGAUGUCGGUGCAGAUAAUGGGCCACCCUGCUACCUUCUUUCUACACUCCAACAGCCUGUUUUCCAGCAGCAAUGUGUUACCCAGUCAUCACACUCCCAAGGCCCUUUUUCCAGCAGCUAUGCCACGUCUAGCUCUGGGUCCAACCCUGUGGAUUCCCCAAGUCGUGUAUUUGAUUGCCCCAGCAUCCAGAUCACUGCCAUCCCAGCAAUGUGCCAGCAAGAUUUGGGUGUCCAGCAGCACGGGGUACAUUCAGAGCAAGAAGGAGCCACUGGUCCUCUAACGUCCAGAGACCAGCGAUAUUUACCUCUAGAUGUGUCCUAUAGAGACACUUCGGCAUUGUGCCCAAGUCCCUGCAGUAGCUUGUCGUCUCGCAGCUGGCUCUCAGACGCCUCCUCCUGUGAGUCUUUCUCCCACGUUUAUGAUGAUGUGGAAGCUGAGCUGAACGAAGCAGCAGCAAGUUUCAGGUUUACAUCACCCCUGGUGUCACCGCAGGGCUCUCCGUUGCCCUCUCCUCUUCCCUCACCCCAGGCAUCUCCACAGGUGUCACCUAUGGUGUCUCCAUUUGGCUCUCCAGGCUGUGGAUACACUGAGGACCCUUGGGCUCGUUAUCAUCAACAGCAACGCCCCUACUCUCAUUCACUGUCGCCCCAUCAUUCACCUUAUCAGUCACCUCGCACUAGUGUUAACGAGGACACCUGGCUCAUUGCCCGGCCACACUCAUCAUCCUCCUCAAAACCCUCUUCUCGUCCCACUUCACCAUAUGGAAAGCGCCCGUAUUCCAGUGCUGAUUGUAUACCAGGCUCAUCUUCACCCCAUCUCUCUCCCACUCCGAGCCCGUCUCACUCUCCACGAGGCAGUGUGACUGAUGAGACCUGGUUGGGGAGUCCUUCCAUGAUAGCUGGCCCCUUCCAGGCCUGUGCACUUGAUGUGGAUAUCCCCUCUAAAACCAGACGGACUUUUCAGGGUAAUCAAAGUCAGGAUUGUAUGGCCCUGCUGGCAGGACAUGGGGAUUCAGUGCUUGAGGAGAAUAGCCUCAUGUCCCCCUCACUGGAUUCAAACAUAGAUGUGUCACUGCCAACCCUGAAGAAAGAAGACAUAGUGGAACACUACUUGUCUGUCCCUACAACCUUUACUUGGGUAAAACCUAAGCAAACACCCUCUCCUUUCUUCAGGUCCACAUCUUUACCUCCCCUGGACUGUUCACUGCCCAGCCAGUAUGGACAGUGUGAGCUAAAGUUGGAGGUUCAACCCAGACCCCACCACAGAGCCCACUAUGAGACAGAGGGCAGUCGAGGAGCCAUCAAAUCAACGUGUGGAAGACACCCUAUUGUAAAGCUACUCGGUUACAAUGAAAAACCAGUCAGCCUGCAGAUGUUCAUUGGGACAGCCGACGAACGUCAUGUGAGACCGCAUGCAUUUUAUCAGGUGCACAGGAUAACAGGAAAAACAGUGGCCACCCCGAGCCAGGAGCUGGUGUUUGGCGGCACCAAAAUCUUAGAGAUUCCCCUUCUUCCUGAAAACAACAUGUCUGCCAGUAUUGACUGCGCUGGGAUACUGAAGCUCAGAAAUUCUGACAUAGAGUUGCGGAAGGGGGAAACCGACAUCGGGCGUAAGAACACGCGUGUGCGAGCGGUGUUCCGUGUGCACAUUCCCCAGGCCAAUGGAAAAGUGCUGUCACUGCAAGCCUUCUCCAUUCCUAUAGAGUGCUCCCAGCGCUCAGCCCAGGAACUUCCUCAGAUAGAGCAGUUCAGUCCUACUCAUGACUCAGUGAUGGGGGGACAGGAGCUGCUGAUAUCUGGCCCAAACAUCACACCAGAGUCAAAGGUCAUCUUCUUGGAAAAAGGCCAUGAUGGCAGAACUCAAUGGGAAGUGGAUGCAAAAAUAGUUCAUGAAAAAAGUAGAGAUACUAGCAUUGUGGUUAAGAUCCCUCCAUAUCAUAAAAGGAUCUUGGGAUCGUCCGUUCAGGCACAGUUUUAUGUCAGCAAUGGAAAAAGGAAGAGAAGCCUUAUACAACGAUUUACCUAUGUCUCAGCAGUGCAAGUAAAGCAGGAAUAUGACAGUGUUGAAGAUACUACAACUUCAGACCUUUCAGAGCAGUUAAGCCCUCUGGAGCAGUGGCUGUACUCUGGAGGUCCAGUCUGUGUUCCAUCCUCCAUUCAGCAUAACUACUCUUCUAUGGACUCCCCUUAUCUCAGUCGACAUCAUCCUCUGGAUGGCAGACUCACUGAAGCAUCUGGGAUUCACUCAAUAUCACACUCGGCAUCACUGGAUUUCAACAAGCCUGCCGCAUAUCAGGGACUUCAACAAAACUUAUCUUACAAUGGACAGCUCGGUCUUCCCUCUGAUGGUGUUCCAGUGCAAGGAGGCAGUCCAUCAGCUGUUAUGCUUGAGAAUAUGAGCUCUGUAUUAGGAAUUGGGUAUCAAAACGCUCCUUUUCAUGGUUCAAAUCAAAUCUCUGGUCAGAGGCAUAAUGAGGGCUACCAUGAGGGUACACCACAUUGUGAUCAAAAUAGCCUCAAUAACUAUGAAUCUCCUCCUCAUUCUGAAGAGCUGGUAAUGUUUCCAAAGUCUUCAUCUUCUUCGGAGGUUCUUGCAUCCACCACAAUCCCUUCUACCUCACACUUGAACAGAGAGGCAAUUAUAAACCCAAAGUCUAAUUCAGCCAUGUCCCCAGCUGGUACAAGUGGAACCAUAAGAUCUUUGGGAGAAGUAGCUACACCAAACCACUCCAUGGAUAGACAGAGGCUUAACAUUAAACAGGAACCACAGAAGGAAAAUGAGCUCAACUUGCAGUCUGUCGGGAUUCAGGAUAUCACUCUUGAUGAUGUGAGCGAGAUCAUAGUGAGAGACUUAUUCCAGAGUCCGGAUCCAGCACCUGAAGGAUGUUCAUAGCUUGAAGUUGCCACACUGAGAAACUGGUUACUUAAACCAGAAAUGCAGCAAUGUAGAUGCAGGAAUUAAGAGUAUGUACUUUGUCUGCCACUAAAGAUAAUAAAUUAAAGAAAUGUGUCAAUAAACAUUGCUGUAUACUAUUAUGAUUGUAAGCUAUGCUAGGUAAUAUCCUAUCUUGGCAAAUGUGAAUGUUCUUUCUGAGACUUUUUUUUACAUUAAGAACUCCUUUGCUGGCAUUAAUGUUUUUUGCUGAGGUGCCUUAAGUGAAAAAGAUUUAACUUUUUGCUAAUUGUUGACUGUGAAACAUAUUUUAAGAUUCAUCUAUGCAAUAUGGUUUUAUAAACACAAUUUUUUAGAAUAGCUGUAUAGGAUAAUUUGGACUGUUACACUUCCGUCUCUUGUGUUAAAUCUUUUUUUUUUUUUUCUUUCUUUUUUUUUAAAUAGGCAUGGCUUCAUUGUGACUUAGUUGCAGAAAUUACAUUCGUUAUGCUUCGGGUAGAGAAAAUAAUAAUUGAUAGACAAUUUUUAAUGAUUCUUUUCCAAAAACAAGGUUUGUAUUUAUGAAUUUGUAUGAUAUAUUAAGGUACAUGACAUGCCAGUUUUGUGGAAAGAUUUGAAAUAAAGUAAUUUGUCUUUAUGUAAUAUGUACUUUUUUUUUUUUUUUUUUUUUACUUUUUCCCUCUCAAUAAAAAUCAUUUGUAUUCAUCUUAUUUGGUUUUAAAUUCACAGGACUGAGGAUAUAUUUAUUCAACUUAAACAGGUCAAAGUUUUAAUAAAUUACUUGUUUAGGAACAUUAGAAACAAUGUCACUUAUUAUGACCAGAAAUAAACGAAUACAAUUUGGAAAAUA